AUGCUCAAUUUUGAAGAUGUCGAGGAGCGGGACGGCGUACGUCUUUCUUGGAACGUAUGGCCAUCGUCGAGAAUAGAGGCCACUCGGACGGUCGUUCCCAUUUCUGCCCUAUAUACGCCUCUCAAGCAGCGCGAAGACCUUCCUCCCGUUCUGUACGAACCGGUCACCUGCAAACCGCCUUGUCGCGCCGUCCUGAAUCCUUACUGUCAGAUCGACAUACGCGGCAAAUUGUGGAUAUGCCCGUUCUGCUUACAACGCAACGCGUUCCCCCCACACUACAAGGACAUCUCGAAUACCAACCUCCCCGCUGAGCUCCUUCCGAAGUACACCACGAUAGAAUACACCCUCUCGCGCCCUGCGCAAGUUCCUCCUAUCUUCCUCUUCGUCGUCGACACCUGCCUAGACGAAGAAGACUUGAAAGCCCUUCGUGACGCGCUCGUUGUCAGUUUGAGUUUAAUCCCACCCUAUGCGCUGGUCGGCCUUGUCACGUUUGGAACUAUGACUCAAGUACAUGAACUUGGCUACGCCGAGUGCAGCAAGUCAUACGUCUUCCGAGGCGGCAAAGAGUAUUCCCCCAAGCAGAUUCAAGAUAUGCUCGGUUUGAGCUCUCAAAAUCGCGCAGCGCCGCGCCCAGGUCAACCUAUGCAAACCUUCGGCGCCGCGCGCUUCCUUCUUCCGGUGCAGCAGUGCGAGUUUCAGCUGACGGGAAUCCUGGAAGCGCUAGCGCGAGACCCGUGGCCGGUUGCGAACGAUAAGAGGCCUCUCCGUUGCACAGGUGUCGCACUGAGCGUUGCUGUUGGUUUGCUGGAGUCGACUUUCCCGAACACGGGGGCUCGCGUCAUGCUCUUCGCUGGUGGUGCGGCGACCGAGGGUCCAGGCAUGGUGGUCAGCAACGAGUUGAAAGAACCCAUCCGGUCUCACCACGACAUUGAUCGGGAUACCGCGAAACAUUAUAAACGCGCUACUAAGUUUUACGAAGGCCUCGCAAAGCGUGUCUCAAAUAAUGGCCAUAUCGUUGACCUAUUUGCAGGAUGUCUGGAUCAGGUCGGACUGCUAGAGAUGAAAUCCCUCCCGAACUCAACAAAUGGUGUCAUUGUUCUGUCGGACUCGUUCGCAACUUCCAUCUUCAAACAGAGCUUUCUGCGUGUAUUCAACAAGGACGACCAGGGCAAUCUUGAGAUGGGCUUCAAUGCGACCUUUGAUGUUCAGACGACCAAGGAGUUGAAAGUUUCAGGUCUCAUUAGUCAUGCCAUAUCUGCUGCGAAGAAGUCUGCAUGUGUCGGUGAAACCGAGAUUGGUAUCGGGCAGACGUCGGCUUGGAAGAUUAAUUCGAUUACCCCACGCACAGCCGCUGCCGUCUACUUCGAAGUCGUCACGCCUGCUGGACAGCCGCUGCAACAGGGCUCGAGGGGGCUGAUCCAAUUUGUCACGCACUACCAGCACUCAUCAGGGCAACAGCGACUGCGGGUGACAACCAUUGCGCGCAACUUUGCUGAGGCAGGCUCGCCCACUAUUGCAGCCUCGUUUGACCAAGAGGCGGCGGCUGUGCUGAUGGCGCGUAUCGCCGUAUUCAAGGCUGAGAUUGACGACUCCCCAGAUGUACUCAGAUGGUUGGACCGUAUGCUUAUUCGUUUAUGCCAAAAAUUCGCCGAUUACAGGAAGGAGGAUCCAACAAGCUUCAGAUUGACCGACAAUUUCAGCAUUUAUCCACAGUUCAUGUUCCAUCUCCGCCGAAGUCAGUUCUUGCAAGUGUUCAAUAACAGUCCAGACGAGACCGCGUUCUACAGGCAUAUCUUGAACGAGGAAGAUGUCAACAACUCGCUUAUCAUGAUCCAACCGACUCUAAUGUCAUAUACAUUUGACGUUCCUCCUCAGCCUGUGCUCCUCGACAGUGUAUCCAUCAAACCAGAUGUCAUGCUUCUUCUUGAUACCUUCUUCCAUAUUCUCAUCUUCCACGGUGAGACCAUCGCACAGUGGCGCAAGGCUGGGUAUCAAGACCAAGAAGGCUACGAGAACUUCAAGGAGCUACUUGAAGCACCUACCGCCGACGCUCAGGACCUGCUUGUUGACCGAUUCCCCAUUCCACGAUACAUUGUAUGUGACCAGGGUGCCAGUCAGGCGCGUUUCUUGCUAUCGAAGCUGAAUCCUUCGACCACACACAUGACGACGAGUAUGUAUGGCACUGCUGGAGGCGCGGCCGCUGGACAGGCCAUUUUCACGGAUGAUGUCAGUUUACAGGUCUUUAUGGAACACCUCAAACGUUUGGCUGUGGGUGCCCAGACGAACUGA